AUGUCCCUUCUUUCAUUACCUGCCGAGAUCCUUUUGUUGAUAACAUCCGAUCUUCAACCUCACGACCUAAAUGCGCUCAUCCAAUCCCAUCCUUAUCCCCACCUUGCCCUAAAUUCCUCCCUUUACUACGAAAACGUACACAACCACAAUGCCUCAGCGCUAUUUUGGAGUGCUUCACAUGGGUAUAUCAAGACCCUAGAACAUCUCCUCAACGCCGGUGCCAAUGUUCUCUGGGACUCAACAUACCAGCGGCAGAACUUUCAGCCCCCACCAGUGAAUGAUCCUUUAUCUUCAAGUUUCCUGCCAUUCCGACGAUCAAAAAGACGGCCGAAUGGAGACCCGUCAUCCAAAGAGCAUCCAAUAUCUAUUGCAGCUGCCAAUGGACAUAUCGAGAUUGUGGCUAAAUUUCUCGAGCUUGGGAUCGAUAUCAACUACAAAGAUCCAAUGGGCCGGAAUCCACUAUCCCUCGCAGCAGGCGGGGUCCAUCUAGAGCUGUGCCAGAUACUCCUUAAUAAAGGGGCUGACUUAUCAUCGCCCGAUGACAAUGAUAUGCAUCCUACAGGCCAUGCAGCGGUUCAAGGACAGCGAGAAAUCGAAGACUUUCUCUUCGAAGAAGUGCAUAAACGUAAUAUCUACACAGAGCAUAGUUCUGACAGAUCUAUUGUACAACAACACCUACACUGGAUGUUGAAAUGCGCAGCAGAGAGAGGAGAGAAUGAUCGUCUAAAGCUUCUCCUAACUAAAAGCGAAGCCGAGUUGAAUAUUGUCCCUCCCAUUCUUCAGGAGAAUUUGGUUUCUGACAACUACGACAACCCUUGGUACCCGACUCCAUGGCGAAGCUACACACCUCUGAUCGGCGCAAUACAAUCGGCGCCAGAUCCCAUAAGCACAGCCAAAAUAUUAUUGGAAAAAGGCGCUGAUCCGAAUAUUCUUGUUGCCAUCGCGAACCCAUUUAUUACGAACAAAGAUCUGGGGAUGUAUGAAAAUGCCGUCUCCGCUGCUCUUGGACGAGAUCAAAGUUAUUGUCUAAUCGAGCUUCUCAUUGAGUAUGGGCUUAGCCCGAUAAAUUCGGAGAUGACUUUAAUCCGAGCAACGCAUCUGAAAAAGAUUGAUGAAUUCCGACUCCUGUUGGACAAUGGUGCCUAUUACCUAUGGGAGGCUCACAGCAUAUGGCGAAUCGGAUAUCAGCCUAUACUGGAUUUACUUACUGAACGCGGGAUCCAUUCCGAGGUAAAAGGGCCUCUCAUGACAUGGGAACAGCUAUUGGAGCCAUUUGAUCUUGAUGAGUAUCUAAGUUCCGAAGAAGAUUCGUUCGGGUUCAAUAAAGACCCAAUUCGCCCAGAUACCCCACCCCCUCACACAGAGACCGAGUGGGCUAGAUUUCUAAACGGCCAUUUUGAUGAUAAUCCUUACCCUUAUUUUGUUGGGAACGCAGGGUUUCACUGUGCGACAGGGGAAAUCGAGGCCUUCCAAGCCGCUCAGGGGUAA